AUGCUUACUUCGCAACAUCCAAUCGACAAAGUUUUAAUUACAAGUUCUAUGGUCGCAAAACAAGCUAUGGAUAAGACUGCAAAAUUUGCCAACAAUAAUUAUCUCAAACGCUUGAGUAAAAAAUCAAUAUUGGUAAAUUUAACUGUUGAAAUAGAAUCGUCUAAGGCUGCCCUUAAUGAUCCCAUUUAUAUAUUUAUCGAUUUAAUUGAUGGACAUUAUGCAAAAGGACGAAUAGGAGUGCGUGUUGCGAUAGCUGCGGGCUUGAUAGACAAUACGCCAAAUUUCAUUGAGCUCUAUUGUUUGAUAAUGUGA